GCUGGACAUUUAAAUCGACUGUAAGCAGACUUGUUCGAAAAGGAAACGGUUUCCUUGCGUAUCGGGAACCUACCGCAACACCGUACACCCACUCGCAAUCACUUCACGCACAAUUCUAAUCGGCUUAGACGAGAGCGACCGGAGGGCCGAAUUACGCUUAUUUAUUGAAAUCUUACGCAGAAUCCCUUCGAACGAUCAUUCUUAUUUAUUCGCUAGUGUUUAGUCGAGGCACGUCCGUUUCUUCGAUCGAGAGAGGCAGCUUCGACCGAAGGAUACCGAGAAAGAAAAAAACAAAACGGAAGAAAACAAAACAAAAAAACAAUCUAAUCGGGCAACUACGUCGGGGCGUACGACCCACGAGAGACGAAGGGAAGUGUGUUUGUUGUGCAUAAAGGAAAGUAGAACACCGUACACGUCUAUUCUCAAUUUCUUUUUUUUUCUUUUUUGUUCUCGCUCGUGUUGUAUAUUUGUUUUGCGCGUAGACGGCCUCUAGGUGAGUGUUAAUCGAAGUCAUUGCCCGAAACCAAGGUCCUGUACGUGUACGUGUACACGCAUACGACACGUCCACGUGUGCACGGGUUAUAUUAUUUUGUGAAGUGUUGAGUGUCCCCGGGAAUCGUCUUCCCGUGCGAAUAUUGUGUGAACUCUUCUGCCGUAUCUUUGCGAUCGAUUCGUGCAUGCUCUGUCUGGCCGCGGCGGCGAAAAACGGUUUGGCAACGUGGCACGUGAAUAAAGUGAACCGCGACGACGGCGACGACGAAGACGACGACGACGACGACGGCGACAGCGGCGAGAGGAGACGGGAAAAAACAAAGGAAAGACGGCCGAACCGACAGCGUCGUCGUGCUUCUUGGCACAACGCGGAAUCUUCGAUCGCGAGUCGCCAGAGAGAGGCUGGCAGCCGCCUGCGUGAUCCGAGAGGUUAGAAACGCCACGGGAACAUGGAUCUGCUUUGCUGCGAGACCACGGAAACGGAAUGCAGAGCCUACGCUGAUCCAGCUCUCCUCGGCGACGACCGUGUGCUGCAGAAUUUGCUGAAAACCGAGGAAAGAUACGCACCGAGCAGUUCUUACUUCGAGUGCGUGCAGAGGGACAUCUCGCCGCUCAUGCGCAAGAUCGUCGCGGAGUGGAUGUUGGAGGUAUGCGAGGAGCAGAAGUGCCAGGACGAGGUCUUUCCCCUCUCGAUGAACUACGUCGACAGGUUCCUCUCGAUCUGCCCGAUCAGGAAGUCGCAGCUGCAGCUGCUAGGAACCGCCUGCCUGCUUCUCGCCUCGAAACUGCGAGAACCGUCGCCGCUCACCGCCGAGGUGCUCGUUUUCUACACGGACAACUCCAUCACACUGGAUGACUUAUGGAGGUGGGAACAGCUGGUCGUCUCGAAGCUGAAGUGGGAAUUAUCCGCAGUGACGCCCGGUGACUUCCUGAUGCACAUCCUCAGCAGACUGCCGGUGCCACGUACCUGGGACUUGGCGAUGGUCACGAGGCACGCGCAGACCUUCAUCGCCCUCAGCGCCAGAGAGUACAAAUUCUCGAUGUACACGCCGAGCAUGAUCGCGGCGGCGAGCGUCGCGGCGGCCCUCCAUGGUCUCGAUUGGACUGGGAAAAGCGGUUACGGGCUGGCUGGCCUCCUCGACGAGCUUACCCGUAUCACGGCUAUCGAACAGGAUUACUUGCAAGGGUGCCUGGAGCAGAUAGAGGAGAUGGUGUCACAGGCGCACGUGGGCGGGGAUGGGACCGGCGGAAACGGACAUCAGGUGACAGGGACGUCCGUGUCGAGUGCCCCACAGAGGCCGCUGGGGGACGAGAUGAUCACCAGCCAGGAGAAGAUCCUGGAACACGAGAAGGCGGGCACGCCGACCGACGUGAGGGACGUCCAUUUUUGAGAGACGCCGCUGAGGGAAACUCUGGCCAGGGUGACUCUCUGCUGAGCCUAGAGGCCGGGGAAGAAACGAUAGCCAGCAGCGACGACGACGCUGAAGGACCCACGGCCAAGAAGAGAACCAGAAUAAACGAAGACGCGAAGUUCGAGAAGGAAGACACUUCUUGAUGAGAGUGGAACAACGUCUCGAACGAUCAAAUAUUUUCCUUCGUUUCUGCGGAACCGUCUUCGAGAAGGAAACGCGAAGCGCUCUUGCGUCGAUUAUUUUAAUUUAAACGCGAAAGAUUCAUUUUGUAAGGGUUAUGGUUCAGAGGGUCACGGCUGUCCUGAACCCCGACCCAGGGCACGUCACGUUUGUUUGUUUUGUUUUUACUCGAGGAUUCGGCGUUCGGAAGCUCGGGGCCGUCAAAGCUUCUUAGCUGUCCGGAUAGAUUAGUUUUACUCGAAAGCCAGAGGAAACGUCCUGGACGGAUCAUGAUUCCUCCAGUUCAGAAUCUUUUGCUCGCUAGUCGACGAAAGACGGCGUCGCGAAGGGUGGGUCCGCCAACUGGAUCUCGUUGUUAUUUAGUUGUACGCGUUUUUACUUGGGAAAUCGUGUUCCCGAUGUGGCGUUGGAAUUAGGUUUUUUUUUCCUUUUUUUUUUUUAUUUUUGCUCGUCGAAGUCUGCGCCCGUCUCGAAUCAUGAUCUACAGUUUCCAGAGACUUCUUUUUUUCGUGUCGCAACGGGAUUAUCGGAGACGCGGAGGCGCGGGUUCUUCGCUGGAAUGUCAUGGUCGAUUCAACAUUUAUCGUUGGAAUUUUUCACGGGUGUUUAGAUCCUCUCCUGCUAGAAGGGAGCAAAUUAACGUAUACGAGGAGCUUCGCGCGCGCGAGAUGAUCAAGUCUGCUCUUGGAGAACGAGUAUACUUCCAAGUAAAUUAUUUUAAAAAUCGAACAGAAGGUCCUCUGAAAAUUAUAGUAAAUCAGAGGAAUAAUAACCGGAUGUCGCAACGUCGCAGCGUGCGAUUUUACGUAGUCCGAAACUUUCACGUUAAUAUCGGCUCUCGAUCGACUCGCUUUCCAGUGAUUUUGGGUUGUAAAAAGAAAUUGAUCUCCGAAGGGGGCUCGACGGAUCGGCGACAGUUUACAAAGAGAUCAGGUGACUCGGUGUCGAAACUUCUAUUUUGAACGAAUCGUGAGAGAACGUAGUCGGGGGGAAGGACGCUCGUUGAGAAUCCCUCGCGGCCGGAAGCGUCUCCGAGCCCGGGUGUCGGCAGAAGAUAUUAUCGAGCAUAUAUCGUCGAAUAAGAAGAAAAAGAAGAAUCAAAGAGAACAGAAACCGAAAGGGAUCGAGAGGAGGCGUGCUGUUGGGGGAAGGCAAUGCAAUACGCUUUACGCAUCUAUUUCGUAAUAGAAUUAUACACUUAAUUUUUAGCCGGACGACUAACGAAACUACCACGCCAACUGUAUCGAAUUCUCGAGGGGGGUGAGAAUAAGGGGAGCGCGCGGAUUAUCCUCCUCCGUGAGACUAGACACGGGAGGGGUACGAGGGAGGACGAGAAAGGGGGAGAAAUGCACAUAGUCAUGUCGAGUCACUUAGUGUUUUGUACAUAGGUAUACAUAUGAUGAAAAUGAUUAUAUAUGAAUAUAUAUACAUGUAUACACGAGGUAUGUGUGCGUGCAUGCGAGGAAGAGAGAGAGAAAAAGAGCGUAGGGAAGAAAAACCGCGGAUAAGAUUGUGUGUAAAUCGCGCGUGAGAGCAAAAGAGAUGUUAGACGGUAGUUCCCAUUUUUUUUUUUCUAUUUACGCUAAUUGUUUAUCCAAAUGAUUUGUCCCGGGUGUGCGACGCGACCCGUCGCUUAUUCCAGUCGGUUCCUAAGAUCGGUCGCGUCGUCUCGUCUGUAAACGCCGGUGUGUGAGUCGUGUGUGCGUGUAAUUGUGUGAGAAACGGGGAGAAGGAAGCUUCUGUAAAAGGUUGAUUUCAAAAACUGAACAGUCAACCGUCGCUUCAAAGCUACGAUCAGGAUGUAACCAACCCGAAGGCUGUAUGCCAAGCCACUAUGUUUCUACUAUGGUCCGCUACGUAUGUGUAAUUCCAUUAAGAUUUUAAACGUUUAAUAUUUAUUGGCUGAAAGAGCUACUAAAUUUCACGCGUCGAUGGUGUAUCGUCGAUUCAGUUUUCGAAACUAGCGUUCUGCGUGGUUUCUGUCCCCCCCGUACCGCGGCUGUACAUAUGUAGGUAAGCUAUACGAGGCGUACGAUUAAAAGUUAAACGCGUAGUCUGUGUAAGAUAGAGCGACAGAAUUGUGAAGCGCGAGAGAAACAAGAUGGGGGAGCUUAUCUGUGGACCCCGAUGAUUCCACGCUUUCGGUGCUGCGAUUGUUGGCGCGUCUGUAUUUUGGACCUCUCACUGAGCUUCUAGGAUUCAAGAUUCAGGUCCCUGAACCGCGAUUCUCACUGAUUCUGCGAGGAAAGAUGUAAACUUUAGUUCCUAACUUCUCCAAAAUGCACACGAUUCAGUCAAACGGGAACGAGUCUCGGUAGCUCGACGAACGACGGGUCUGUCUAUGGCACAAAAAUAUCGCAAGUUCAAAUCCCAAAGGAACAAAGUAUUUUAAGCAGUACUUCUCGUUCGAUGCCCUUGUCGUCGCGGGGAACAGAGAUGAUGGCCUGACACGAAAAUUUUAAAUACUCCGAACGAAAUUUCUAUUCAGUUUAUACAAGAAUCCUCCGAACGCUACUUCAGUGCAUCAGAUUUUCAAAAGAUGAGCAGCACCGAAGGAGUCCAACCUCGACCACUGUCGUUCCUAACCUAACCUAACGUUAGGGUCAGGUCACGAGACUCCUGAACGAAGAUCCGUGUGUAUACUAUUUGUAAUCGUUCUGUAAGCACCGUACGUGUAUAGCUGUAUUGUUAAAUAGUUGUAGGGUACACCGAUGCAACCAAAAGAAGAAAAAAAAAAAAUACGAAGAGUAGCGAACCAGUUACGAUUCGUCGGGAGUUCGAACGACGGUGGUCGGAGGCUUGGCUGACGUCAAACGUCUGAAAAAAGAUCGAGGAACGAUCGUCCAAAAAAAAGAAAACAGAAAAAAUAUUAACUUGUUAGUACUUAAAAGAAAAAAAAAAAAAAAUGAAGCGUCGAUAGAGUUAACGAGAAAGAGGGGGACGGACAUAUUUUUUUUUUUUUGUUAGGAACGCGCGUUCCUCUUCUACUUUCGCGUUGGACCAGAAAGACCGCCGACGAGGGACGCGCGUUUCGUCCGCGCUCGUAUCCGCAUUCCGACUAACAAAAUGGGAAAUAGCCCAGUGCCACAAAGCAAACUAGUUAGUAACAUACUCUUCAGUAACCAAAUCUUAGUACAACGUAGAGAUCGAGUAAUAUAAACUGUAUCAUAUCCCGGCUGGGUACGCACAGUUGACCUUUUUCUUACUUGUACUACUAGUGCGUGCAUACUGUAAACGCGUUCUAUGCACGCAGACCUAUUUUACAUGUAUAUUAUGUACCUUGGAAAACGUGGGAAAAUUGUCGAGAG